ACAAGUCCUCAUUGGACUUGACUUUGAAAAUUCCACUAUUGACUUUGACUAGAUAAAAAUGUGGGUUGUAACACCUAGUCUUGGGGGUAACUGGGCAACAAAGAAUCAGGUCGAGCUUGAGGUGAAAGCUCGACCUGAUAAGAAGGUACAAAGGCGGCACAAUUUGCAGGAACAACUUAACAAGACGGGAAACAUCAGGAGUCAGCAUGACAUUCAAACUCGAGGUGUUGAGAAGCACAAUGUACCAACAAUUAGAAAUUUAAGGAGUACAGUCAAGUUUGACAGUGGGGACAAUUGGAGAGAGGAUGUACAGGCUGUUAAACUGUCAAAUGAAAAUGAGAAAGGUGGUGGAGAAAAUAAGAAGAAAAGGGACAACAAGAGUGCCAAUGAUUUGGAAGUCCAGGAAACUGCUGAAUUUCGCAACGAAGGAAACUGUGACUCCGUCCUGCCUUCGAUUAAAUUAGACAGAAGUAUGAAUGAGGAUGACUACCAGAUUUUGGGUGUGUACUCUGAGUUCAGGAAAAAGGUCAUAAAUAUUAUGAGGAAGCCAUACAGCAGAGCGGAGUAUGAUGAGCUUCGACAAGCUGUCAAAGCCCAAACGACAGAAGAAAGCGAUCUCAUAUGUUCAAGGACCAAACAAUUGCGAGGGAAAUCCUAUCUUAAUUACUAUCCCGAUCUUCAUAGACAGCUGAAAAAGUUCGAAAAAGACAGAAGAAGUAACUUGAAAACCUUACGCGGAUUUUUCUUUUGGCUAGAGAAUAAAGCAAUGGAAGGUUCUUUCAGACCUUGGAAUGAUCCAGAAUGCUGCGCAGUGGAGAAAGAACAUUGUCCAUCAUCGUCCUCCUGCUCCCCAUCGCAGGGAAGAAAAAAGCAAAGAACUUCUUUCGAACCCGGGAACAACUCUGAAAGCAUCGCAGUUGGGCAAUUAAAUUGUUCGUCGCUCCUUCAAGAACUCGUGUUUCAUGAAUCAGAAUAA